AUGCCGUUGUUCAACCUAUCGGACAGCGUCAAGUACACGCCGAGCCAGCCGGUUCUGCGGAUGGCUCCGUUGGGAGCCGUUCCACAAGCCAGCAGUCCGUCAACCAGCGACGAGCGCAGCGACAAAAGUUCCGUGUUCCUCGUCCGAGAGAUGGAAAGCCUCGGCAAGGAGUCGGACGCCACCAGCUCCCCGUCUGCAGUGGUCGUGAAGACCGUCCGAUUCUGGUCGAGCAGGUCUAAACUGGAAAAAGUGCUGCUGUGUCUGCUCGGCGUUACGCUGCUGUCCCUGCUCAUAUUGGUGGUCAUGUUUUUGCUCAGCUUAGGCACUUUCGGUAAGUAAUU